AGGAGAAGACGGCAGAGGACUGUGACCACUGUGGCUGUCUGUCUGUUACCAGAGCUGACAUUGACAUGUGCAACAUUCUCCUCUUCUGAAUUACUGGAUAAAGACGGAAUCAUAUCUCCUGGUUAUCUGGACUUGAUCUUCUUCCUCCCUUUCUCCUCUCUCACAGAUCUACAUUUUCUCACCCACCUUUGGAUUUCUUCAAUCGGAACCAACUUUCUUCUUUGCUGCAUCACAACCACUUUUCUUCCUUCUCAUUUCCAUUGUGUCACCAUGGAUAUUGGUGGCCUGACGACAGUGGUGGCCAACUCUGCCUACAUCUCAGCCCGUGGGAGCUUUGAUGGCACUGCCAACCCGGCAAUUAACCGGGACAAAAAGUACCACUCUCGCUUGAAGCUUCCACACAUCACAGUAUGUGAAGGUCUGCGGGAGACUUUAGACUUGGGUUUCCAGACGGUCUGCGUGGACCAGCCCAUUGGCAAACGUCUCUUCCAGGAGUUCCUUGAUGCCACUAAUGAGUACAAGGGCCCCUGUCGCCUGUGGAAGGACGUUGAGGAAUACAACAUGGCAGAAGAUGAGGGCCGCGUCAAGAAAGCUAGCAAGAUCCUCUCCCGGUACAUGGAACCUGAUGCUAAAUACUUCUGCGCUUUCCUGCCAGAAAAUGGCAUCACAAAGGUAAAGGAGAAGCACCAGGAAGCUAGAGAUGACCUUUUUAAUGAGACCUUGGAUAAUGUGAUGGACUUCCUCAAGGAAGUGCCCUACACUUUCUUCUUGGAGAGCAUGUAUCUCAAAAGGUUUCUACAGUGGAAGUGGCUGGAGAUGCAGCCCAUGGGAGAGGACUGGUUCUUGGAUUUCCGUGUUUUAGGAAAAGGCGGGUUUGGAGAAGUGUCUGCAUGCCAGAUGAGGGCCACAGGAAAACUGUACGCCUGCAAAAAACUCAACAAGAAAAGACUGAAGAAGAGAAAAGGCUAUGAGGGAGCGAUGGUGGAGAAGAGAAUCCUGUCACGUGUCCACAGCAGGUUUAUUGUCUCCCUGGCCUAUGCCUUCCAGUCAAAAACAGAGCUCUGUCUGGUCAUGACCAUCAUGAAUGGAGGCGAUCUGAGGUAUCACAUCUAUAAUGUGGAUGAGAACAAUCCAGGGUUUGAAGAACCACGAGCCUGUUACUACGCCGCUCAGAUCAUCCAGGGCUUGGAACACCUCCACCAGAAGAGGAUUAUCUACAGAGACCUCAAACCAGAGAACGUGCUUCUGGAUAAUCAUGGUAAUGUGCGUAUCUCUGACCUUGGUCUGGCUGUGGAACUGGCUGAUGAUCAGUUCAAAAUCAAGGGCUAUGCUGGGACUCCAGGCUUCAUGGCACCUGAACUCCUUAAAGGGGAGGAAUAUGACUACUCUGUGGAUUAUUUCACUCUGGGGGUCACUCUGUAUGAGUUCAUAGCUGCUAAGGGACCUUUUCGUACCAGAGGAGAGAAGGUGGAAAAUAAGGUUGUGAAGAAACGGAUUCUGAACGAUCCAGUGACCUACCCGGAAAAGUUCAGCGAGGACGCCCGGACCAUCUGUGAGGCUCUGCUGGCCAAAGAGGUGGACAAAAGGAUGGGCUUGAAGAAUGGCUCGUGUGAUGAGAUCAGGGUCCAUCCCUUCUUCAGAGAGAUCAACUGGAGGAAACUAAACGCAGGGAUCCUACCGCCUCCUUUUGUGCCAGACUCCAAAACUGUUUACGCCAAGGACCUGGAUGACGUUGGAGCUUUCUCCACAGUUAAAGGCAUACAGCUGGAAGACAGCGACAGGGAGCUCUUUGAUGAGUUUGCCUCGGGGAACAUUCCAAUCCCGUGGCAGGAAGAGAUGAUUGAGAUGGGGAUCUACAGCGAGCUGACAGUCUGGGGCCCUGAAGGCACCUUACCCAAUGACUUGCGGCGUGAAUCCAUCCUGGAGCAGCCGGCCAAGUCUUCCACUUGCACUGUGUCAUAAGAGACGGCUGGUGGAACUUCAGGACUUUAAAUGAACUGUUUGUCCUUCAAACCAAACUUUAUUUCUUAAGCACAUUUUGUAAGAGAUUUAGUACGUUAAAGGUGGAGCUGGACUGAUAGUGGAACAGGAUCAAAAGUGCUCAGAGAGCACAGCAAAACCACGCCCACAUUUCAAAGAAUCAGACACGUCGAAAAAAUGUUAAUGAGCUUUUAAACAGUCCAGGUCAUGAACAAUAAAAUAUCUGAACUCAUAUCCAUAACAUCUACCUUUUACCACUAUAUUAUUAUGGGGCCUGAAAUUUGACAUUACCCUCCCACCUUGAUGGUUGACUGAUCCCAACCAAAAUAAAUCACUUCUUCUUAUUUACAGUCACAAAGUACUUGACCAGCUUAAACAAAAUUGAAUGAGGCGU